AUGGUGGGGAAGACAAAAAUUAAGUGUCCUGACUCAGGGCAGAUGGAUUAUUUAUCCAGAAAAACAAGUACAUGGCAAUCCUGUGACUGCGCUGCUGAGACAGAUUCCCCUCGAACCUGUGAGCUGAAGCUCUUACGGGCUAGACGAGUGUCUUACUAUGAAAGCAUUGGGAUCCUCAAGACUGGUUCUCCUGGAAAUGGCAAUAAAUCAGCACUAAAAGCUUCCCCAAGAGCUGCUUUGGGUUCCAAAACAAACCCCUCAGAAAGUCAGGCUUCCACUUCAAGAAGUCGCCGGCAGUCACCUCACUCUGCAGCCAAUGAGGAGGUGAAUAUAUGUCAGCAAUUAACCAAAGUGGCUGGUGAAAAAACCACAGAUAAAACUAAGGUGGGGAAGCGAGUCCAGCAAGAAGGCAGGAGAAACAGUUGCCCUUCUGAAUUAGAUCUGUCCCUGCUUGACGAUGUACUGGUUCCAGAAACACAGAAACUAAGGCAUGUGAUGAAUUGGGCCCAGAGGUUUCUGACCAAGUGCCAUGAAGACCAGGAGCUGGAGAGUCCUGGACAGAAUCCACCCUUUGCUUUGUCUCUGCUUGGCCAAAGCAAAAGAGUACAAGAUUGUUGUCAAGAUGCCUCUGUGAGCUCCUGCCACCCUCCCUCACAGUCCCAAGAUGAUGGCCUGAGGAUGCACACAGAUUCUCAAAAAAAAUUUAGCUUUUCUUCAUUGCCUACAGAAAAUUUAUCAUGUUUUUCUGUGGACCUUUUAAGUUCUUUUGAGGAGAGGAAGUUUCCUGGUAAUUGGUCUAGUGGGUGGCAGGAAGCUAGAUUUCAGGAGAAAAGGCCCCCAGUCUCACCUCUAGUUGGUUUCAGGCAGCGUACUCUUAUUCAACCAACAUGUGAUAGGCCUGGAAAUACAUCUUCUCACAAUCAAGGUGAGACAGGAGAGAGAGACGAUGUUCAGCCACGGCCCAAAGACAGUCGUGAAAGGAGUCUUUUUGAGAAAACCGAUGAGGAUUGUCAUGGAAAUGGUUACUUUUGGGCCCCACUAACAGAUAGCUCUGAAGAUGAAUGUACAGAUGAAAAUGGGGAAAACUGGAGAACUUUUAGAAAAGUUAUUCAGCUCAGAGACUCUACAGAGAGUUCAGGAAUUUCCCUGUCUCCCAGAAGUCCUUGUACAAUGGGCUUGAGGUCCCCAAAGUUGGAAGGCAGUGUUUUCUCCAGAUGGGAGGCUGAUGUCAGUGAAAAAUCCAAAGGAGGAGAAAUAACUAUUUGGAAACCCAGGGAUUUUGUAUCCAGGUUUCAGGUUGACAGCCCUUGGGAUAAAAAUGACUCAAUGCUUAUCAGCAAAUUGUCUGCUGACCAAUUUGACUCCCCUGUUGAUGACUUCAGGAUGAGAAAAGGAGAAUCACGCUCUCAGAAGUUAGACUUUGUGGUAUCCCUAAGGGACCUCAACUACAGAAGUGGAUUGCUACCGGAGUGUGGGGAGGAUAAGACUUUUGUUGGUCAAGCAAUAAGAGGAAGUCAGGAAGUUAGUAUUAAAGGUGGAUUUGAUGUCAGUAAAAGCAAAACCCAGAAGACAGGCCAAAGACAAAUUAAUGAGAGGUGCCGGGAGAAUGAUUCAGUUAUUCAAAUUUCUAACCCUCAACUGAAUUCACUAGGAGAUCCCUCAGAAAAUGUCACUUCUAAAGUUUGUUCUGACUGUGUGUCAGAAUGUGAGCUCACUUCGGGCCUCCAUUGUGUCAUGUGCCGCAAUAUAAGGGCUGAUCAACAGAUCAACAGCAGAUCCCCAACAGGGAUAGACUGGAAAAUUAUAGAGACACCCAAAGUGAUUGCUAAGGAGAUGACUUGGGAAAGUAAGGAAAAGACUGUUUUCUCAAGUUACACUGUCUCCACAGACCUGCCUGAAAUCAUUUCAGAGGACUCCUUGUCCUGGCAAAUAGGUGGUGAUGGUAGCUGUAGGAUCUCUCGGGAUGAUGCUCUGCCAGAGAAAUCAGAGCAGAAAGCCAGUGUGCUGGAGACAUAUUUUUUUUACUUGCAUCAAUUGAACAAGAUCAGGGGUUGUAGUUCAGAAGAAGGAAGUUUAUCUUUCUCCAGCCACGUCACUGGGCUUUUGGAAAACAAUGCCGGCAAAGGGGAUCCAGAGAAGAAAGACAUAGGUGAAGAAAUCAGACCCAAUGAUGAGAGCGGUGUAUUUCAAGCUAUUGCUUGCAGAGACAUUGAUCAACCAGGAUGGAAGAAUGCACAGCAUGAUUCUGUUGAAGAAGAAACUCCUGAAAAACACCUCUUUCCAAAGUCUUUGAGCAAUCUUAUUAAGGAGUCAAAGCUUCGCCCAGAAGAGAGGCCAUUUGCUUCCUCCAUAAAAAUUACCUCCAAAGCAACUGGUUAUAAGAACUACUGUGAGAAAUCCAGUGUGGCAUGGCCUUCUCAUAAACGUGGGGAACAGAAAUUAAGAUCACAAAACAUGUCACGACCAAGUUCAGCCAAGGCAGAAAAGAGAAAAAGCACCGACAGCUCUCACAGCAUUUGUCCAUCUGGUUGUGCAGUUAUUGAGGAAAUAAAUGUAUACCCUGCCCAAACAUCAAUGAGUCCUCUGCUUACCAAAGACCAGCAGCAGCCAAUGCGAUAUCAAAACUCAACAGGACUUUGUGGCAAAGUUUGCACAGGGUCUACACCCAAAUACCUUUGCAAGAAUGAUUUGGAGAGAGAAAUGGCAAAUAAGAAGAAUAAAGGAGACUCAGCACUCUCUUUGUGGCAGCUUCUGCCAGAUGAAAUAUGGAUCUGCAUCUUUUCCCUUCUGUCUCAUAAGGAACUCUCCUGUAUUGCACAAGUUUGCCAUCAUUUCUGCCGGCUUGCGAGUGAUAACAGCUUUUGGAAGCGAAUCUACAUUUCAGACUGCCAUUCCUUGAAUGACACCUGGCUGGUCACCUUGGGGCGCCAUCAUCCCCAGUCCCUCACUUUGCAUCGCUGCCAUGAUGACAUCCAUGCCAUCACUGAUCAAGGAUUGAAGCAGUUUUUUCACCACUGUAGUGAAUCUCUCAAGGAGCUGAAUGUCACAAGCUGCAGUGGUCCCAGACUGAAAGGGGAUAAGCUUCUUCUCUAUGCAAGUACAUUUUGCAACAGGUUGACCGUAGUGGAUAUAAGUUGGAGUGGGGCUACAGAUCUGGGUGUAUUAGCUCUUGUUGAAGGAGCUUCAAGCCUUCAAGGAUUAUCUAUAAAUGGAUGCCAGAUUACAGAUAAAGCCAUUAGAGCCUUAGUUAAAAAACAUGGAAACAGCCUCAAUAAACUAGAAGUGUUUGGCUGUCACGCUCUCACAGCCAGGUGUAUGGGCUGUUUGGCGUUGUCCUGCCCUCAUCUGCUGACCUUGAAUAUCGGAAGAGUGCCCAAGAUCACUGAUGUUUGCUUUGCCAAGAUACUGGGGAAUUUGAAAAAAGUAACUACUCUUAAUGUGACAGGUCUUGAAAUGGUGAGAGAUCGAAUUGUCCACCUCAUUGUGACACAAUGCCUGAAUCUGGACUGCUUGGUCCUUAGUUCCUGCUCUUGGGUUACAGAUAUAAGCUUGCUGGAAAUUGGUACCUACCUGCGAACAAUCAGAUUUCUUGAUGUGAGUGGAUGUAAAAAGGUCACUGACAUGGGGAUCCAAGCUUUGGCAAGAGGCUGCCACCAACUUCACUAUCUUGACCUGAGUUCGACAGGGAUAAGCAAAAGAGGGGUUAGUUUGUUGGCUAGCUAUUGCCAUGUCACUUUGGAGUGUGUGAAACUCAGUUUCUGCAAGGAAAUCACCCUGGAUGUUGUUAGAAAGCUUUGCAGAAAUUGCAGACGAUUGAAGAUGCUGCAUCUCUACGGCUGCCAUAUCACUCCAGACUUGAGCUCAAUAAAAGACAUUUAUAAAACAGUGGAAAUAUUUCAUGAUGGUUCUGCUUCCACCUGCUAAUGGAAUUCCAGCAAUGAUGGAUUUUAUUUUUUCAGCAGGCUUCAGUCAAGAUGUAAAGUCUAAGAUCAUAGUCAGAAGGAAAUUUCCAUGUAAGGUAGAGAUCUAAAUUUUCUUUAGCUUCAUGCAACAGGAGAGACCCAGUUAUAAGGUCUUAGAACUGAUUUCUUUAGCUAGGAAUGAUCUUUCCUACUUGGAAUUUCUCACAGCAUUUUGUUUGAAACUUUACUUUGGCACUUGUUAUAUGUAAUUUCUUUGCCUAUUUAUGUAUCUCUUAUCUAACCUACCGGAGUGCAGUUCUUGAGGGCAGGGUUUGUGUUUUUUAUUUCAGUUUUUAUACCAAAAACUUACCAUGAUACCUUGCACAUAGGAUGUGCUUAAUCAAAGUUUGCUGAAUUAGAUUUUUGGAG